AUGUCAUUACAAGCAUUAACUACUGAGUUAUAUAAAUCAUUUGAUGGGGAAGACUACGAUAAGUGUUCAAAGAUCUUGGUACCCAUCAAGAUAGAACUCAUAAAACACAAUUUGUUGGUACCAAUUUACAACAAUACCAAAUCUGAAGAACAAAUAAAUGAUUUGAAGAUUACACAGAAGAUAUUGGAAAUUGGAGCUUUAUCUUCAUUAUUGUUGAACGAAUAUGAAGGAUUUGAAAAUUAUUUCUCCCAAUUGAAACCUUUCUACACCAAUAAUAAAAUUCAUGCCAAAAAAGAACACAACACUAAUUGUACUAAGAUCAUAUCAUUAAAUUUAAUCUACUUAUUAUCACAAGGAUUAAUAUCCAAAUUCCACAUUGAAUUAGAAAAUUUGUCAUACUAUCAACAAUUUGACAUUGAAAAUGAUAAAUAUUUACAAUUCCCUAUCAAUUUGGAAAAAAGUUUAAUGGAAGGUAAUUACAUAAAAAUCUGGAAACUUUUAAAUAAUGAAGAUAAUUUACCAUGUAAAGAAUUCAAGAUCUUCAUUGACACUUUAAUGAAUGCUUUAAGAUUUGAAAUUGCCAAAUCAUUAGAAAAAUCAUAUACUUCCAUACCAAUUAACAAUUGUAAGAAUUUAUUAUAUAUCCCACAAGAAGAAUCAGAUAGUAAUUUCAAACAAUUAAUCGACGAAUUACAAAUGAAUUGGACUUUCGAAAAAGGUUACGUAUAUUUCAAUAGUGAUGAUAAUGAUGAAAUGAAUGUCGAUAAUUCAAAUAAAAUUAUCUCCGAUGUUUUACAUUAUGCUGAUCAAAUUGAAUCUAUUAUUUAG